UGAUCACCGUCGCAAAUUGUCUGCAUUGUAUGCGUGCGUGAUUUUCGCCUCCCGUUGACAUUCGACAGUGUUCUCUCAAUGCGCGUGCGCACGUUAAUAACACCAAAAAACAAACAAGGUACUUACCUCUUUUUAUUUUUCGAUCAUUUUACUUAUCCCACUCGGAUACCUAGAUAAAUAUUAAUCCAUUUUCGCCGUCGUGUGCGCGUGUCGUCGACGAAUACCAAUUAUUGAAACGACAGUAAUAAUAAUUUCGGUAAUCAAUUGAUUACCUAUUCGAUUUCCGUGUUGUCUAAUCAUCUUUUUCGGAUAUUGCUGUUGGUUAAACUUAAACUCAGCUUGUCGUCUACCUUAAAAUUGUGAAUUUAUUUAUUCUCAGAAAAAAAAUAAAACGCCAACGUAUUUCCAUUAUACUAUAAUAUUUUAUAUGUACUAUUUUUAUUUGCCGUACUGAGUACGAGAACUAUGCCGAUACAGACUUGUGCGAAAACCAGCAUUAGCGGAUGUAGAUUCCACUGGUUGUCCUACACCCAUGAAAACUCCCCCAUUGUCACCACAACGUAAAGAAGAUUUAGAGGAUGCUAAUGGUGAUAAAGAUUCCUCCAGCAACAGUGGUGAUGUAGCAGCAGCAACGAAUACUUCAACAAGUAUUGGUGGGCGCCUUACAUUUUAUAAAGGUAAUAUUUACUUAUGAUUUUGUAGUAUAUUAUUGUAUAAAAAUUAAAAUUAAACUACUUAUUUUAAUUAAAAUCCAUUACAUUGUGUGUGUUUUGUAUAUCAUCGUUAUACUCAUAUAGAGUACUGUUCAUGGGUAAGCCACUGUUAUAAGUGAAAAUUGUAUUACCUAUGUUAUGUGUAUGAAUUGAAGUAGGUAUAUAGAGUAAUUUAGUUUAUAUCUGUAUGCAAUAAUAAAUCAUUAUUAAUUAAAAAAGAUGUUGAGCAAAACAUUUAAAAUUGUGUUAAUUUGUAACUUGGUAAAUAAUAAUAUUGCCUUAUUUGUUUGUAGAAACAUUAGAAUUACAUUUCCGUGGAACCAAAAUAGUAGUAAAGAAGUAUUAAGAUAAAUUGUAUAAUAGUAGAUACUCAAAAUGCUUUAAACUUAAAUAUGUAUAUAUAAAAAAAAAUUGUGAAUAAAGAUAUUGAAUAGUUUUAUAACUAGUGUCAUAAGAACAACUUAGGUAUAAUGAGCCUUGUAUCAUAUUUUCAAACAUUUUCAUAAUGCUAUACAAAUUUUAUUAAAAUAAAAACUAAAAAGUUGAUAAUUUCAAGUGGCUAUAUUUACAUCAAAAAUGGCAAUAAUUUUUUAAAAUUUCAUCACCUUUAGAAAAAGUUAAAAAUAACCUCCAACAUACAACUAGAAAAAAAUUUGCUAUCAGAAACCACCAUUGAUGGUGAUAAUUGAAAUAAAAUUUUCUACCGAAAAUUUUUUUACAAACAUUCAAGAUCAUGCAUUAUAGUAAAAUCAUAAAUAUAUAGUUUAAAAUAUUACAGCCAAAGUGCUGUGAAAUUUAGGUUAGUGUUUUGUUUAAACAAGUACUUGUUACCGAAAUAUUACUUGAGUAAAAAUAUGGUUUAGUAAUAAAUCAAUUGCAAAAUAAAUUAAGUAUGUAAAAUAUAUUAAUUUAAAAUAUAGGUGCCUAAUAGGUUAAUAGUUAAAACUAAAUACUAUACUUUUAAACUAAAUACUUAAAAAAUUGUUUUAUCUUAUAUUAAUUUCCCAUGUCUACCUAAUACCAUAUUAUACCUACUACCAAUUAGUUACUAAUUAUUUAUAACUAUUUAUAUGGCUCAGAUUUUACAAUAUAUCAAGAUGCAUAUUUUAACUGGGGAUUUUUUUUUUUAAGUUUAAAUUUCAUGUAAAUAUUUUAUCAUUUCAUAAUAAUCGAAAACAGUACAAAAUUUUAAAUUUACUUAUUAAUGAUAUUAUUUAAUAUUAUUUUUGCCAUAUUACCAAGAUUCUAAAUGUUAUGAUUUCUCUGGUCACUUAUUUUUUUUUAAAGAAAUUUAAAACAAAAAAACUUAUUAAUAUUUUUAUAUCUAUUUUUUUUUUUUUACACAGAUGGUAAAUUUAUAUUUCAACUUGCUGCACAUCAUCAACAUCAACCAUACAAUAAUCAAUCCACUAUAACGACUCCAUGCCGUUGGGUACCUGUACCGACAGUACUUCAGCAACAAAAAAAUAACGUUAAGAGUUUACCGGUUGUAAUUACAGGUAGUAGUACAGACACGUUAAGUAGUCCUCAUAAAAAGUACAGGUCGGGACAGCCAGAAGUUCUACUACAACAACAAAGACGACAGGAUGUUGACAACAGUAUGAAAAAAACUGUUCUUUCUCUGCCUCAAGUAUUGCCUGCCAACGAUCACAGCAUAACAGCGAUUUUAUCUGGUGGUGAAAGCAGUUCGCCGCCAAUUUUAGUGAACAACAAAGCAUCCCCUGUGCCAUACAGGCAUCAUACCAGUAGUAGUAGUAGUAGUAGUAGUAGUAGUAGAAAAAGGUCGGCAGUUGAAACAACGACUAUUGCGCCGAUUCCUUUAGUACCUGUUGUUGGUACCGGUUCAAUUGACCACAGUGCUAGAAUGUCAACCAUGGUGAUACCUCCUCCUACAGCCAAUGUUAAUGUAGUCAAUGACCCUUCAGUUGCACUGACUUCUCUUCAUCAAUUGCCAACUCUUCACCUUCCAAAUGUGGCUUCUGCAGCUGCAGCUGAUUACUUUAAUGUUCUGUACCAUCAAGUGGCUAUGGCUGCUAUUGCCUAUCAAACUCAUCCUCAGUUAUCAAAACUACAGGCACCACCAUCUUUGCUAUCCUCACAAUAUCCUUCUGUGUCGCCUUCAAUUGUAACACCGAGAAUUUUACAUCAACAGCAACAGUACCACCCAGCACCUAUGGUACAACAACAGCAACAAAGACCAUUGCCAUACCAGCAUCGACUACAACAUACAAAUGUUGGUGCAAAGAAAAGAACAUUGGGUACGAUGGGAUAUGAUGGGGGCCUAGAAGCAAAAAAUUUAACUACUGUGGAUGAAGAGUCAUCCUCUUCCACUGGUGAGUCUACUAAUUAAAAAAAUGAUGUUAAGAUUUAAUUCAAAGCUACAAUAUUGUAAUUUUUCUGGCUUUUUUCAGAUUUACUCACUAUUUUUCCAAAUCUGCCACUUAUCUCACUUUUGCCUUAAUACCAAGAGGUAUAGAGACAGAAUUGGUUAAGAAUGUCAUAUCCUUUCCUUUCCAAAGUAUAUAUUACAUUUUUUAAUAUAAUUUUUAUUGAUUUUGAAUUUGCUUCCAACAUUAAAAUUGUUAGCAUUUCAAAAUUAUAAUGUCUACUUAAAUAAAUAGUUCUAAUAAUAUUUUUUAUCUCCUAUUUCUAUUGAAAAACUAUACUUUUAAUUUUCAAAAUAGUAAUUUCCUUUUAUAUUUCAAAUGUUUAAUACAAAUUAUUUUUUAAUAAUCAAUGUCAAAUAUUGGAAAAUUGUUAAUCAGUUUGUAUUAAAAACUUAAAUUAUACCUUUUUACCAAUUAAUAAGUUUUCUUGUCAUUUUUAUUUUUCUUUAUAGAUUGUAUGCCACUAAACCUAUCUAAGGAUUCUGGUAGUGAAAAUGUUGAGAGUGCAAGUACUACGACAACAGUCAGCUGACACUCUAGCAAAAAUUACUACAAUAGACAAGCUAUUAAUGUUAGAUUGUUAAGCCUUUUUUUAUGAUUAGCUGAAUAUACUAUUUAAUUAUUGUCAUCUUGAAUACUAUGUACUGUACAAUGCGAUAAUGUGUAUGAGAUAAAAAAAAGGAAUUAUAUUUUGUAAAUACAUACAUACAUCUAGAAUGUAUGGUAUGUAUGUUAUAAUCAUUUAUUUGAAUUAUCGCAUAUUGUUGUUUUAUUAUGUAAAUAAACAUAACAUUAUUUUUUAAAAAAAAGGAGUGUGUGUCAAAAGUAAAUUAUUUGUUACAAUAAAAAAACAAUCAAUUUCAUUGUGAUAAUAUAUUUUUUUUUUUUAUGCUUAAUGCUACAAUAAGUAAUUAGAUUUAGAUAUUUGUGAUCUUUAAGUUUUUCACAGCACUGCUUGAUAGAUUGUACAGUGUUGUUAUUUUAUUUGGUUAUGAAUCAAAAUCAUUAAUUGUUAUCAUACAAAAUUUGAAAAACUGCUGAAUAUUUUAUAUCACAAAAUUGUAAAUAUUAAAAGUGAAAAAAAAAUUGAGGAUAUAUAUUGUAAAGUUUAUUAAGGACUAUGAAAUUUAAAAUUAGGUGAAUAAUAAUAUUAAUAUUAAAUAUAUAAUUUUAUUUAUAUUAUAAUAUUACAAAAUUAAAUUAGUUAUUAUUAUAAUAUUUUAUGACAAAAUAUUACAUCCAAUGAUAUUUGGUGAACUACCUAUAAGUUGACAUGAUGCACACCAUGGUGGUAAUCAAGUUAUCAAGAAAACCUUGAUACCUGCUCAAAUAGACACCAUUGAAAAUUUAGUUGAAUCACUUAAAUCUAAUAGAAUAAAAGAUGAAUUGUUAUUAUAUAUUAAGAAAAAGAAAAAAGAAUGUACCUAUAACAUAAAUAAAAAUGAUCAUUAAUGAACCUGAA